UGAGUUCCAAAUCGUGUUCUAGACUUGCUCGUUUUAAAACACCGCGACGAUGUCGACACUUGCAUUGACAACGGGUGGAAUGUCGACUGCUAUGUUUGCGUCAUUGCGAGCCAAGUACAUGCUUGCCAGGGUGCUGCAGCUAUCCUCCAGAAUUCAUCUAUCUCAUCCUCCGUCACCUCAAGCGUGUGAUAUAGAUCCGUGUUGUCGUCGUCCAUCUUUAGGUUCACAACUUGUAUUUAGCAUCUAGCUAGAUAGUCUGCGGUUUGGACACGGAUGUGUUGUGACUCCAAGCAUGAGCCGAAUCUCCGACAAAUAAUAUUUGAUGAAACGAGUAUCUAGGAUUCUACAUGCUGCGGAAAGUCACCCACUGUUUGAUUUACGUGAUAUUGCUGACUUCUCCGAUUGGGAUAGUACUGGUAUAUAAAAUGUGUGCAAAGGGGCCUCUUCUUGCUCCAACGUCCGUAUACGAGCAAACUACACA